AUGAACGCGGACGUGAAGCGAGAAAGAGAAAUAAUUGUCGAAGAUAUACUUAGAAAAGCGUGUAGAAAUUAUCUUUAUGAAUUCCUAAUCCAACGAAAGGAGCAAACUUCCUUCACGAAAGAAAUUCAAGCCGAACACGGGAGCUAUUUUGUUUUACUACGUAACUUUGAGAAAGAUAGCGAGCUCGGGGUCAACGCAAAGAGUGCUCUGGAAAAGUUUGAAGUCAAGGCAUCUGCGGUUUGCUCUUAUGAUGAACUGAGGUUCGGGCUUUAUCCAUCAAGAGCAUCUGAGAUGGAAAAAAAAACGUUGGAUGUAACCAAUUUUUGGAAGGAUGUUCAAAUCUCAGAAGAGGAAAAAACCGCAGUUCGAUCUGCUUCAUUGGGACACCUUAAUAUAUUUGGAAAAUCACUCACUCAAUACUCAAAUGGGCAGAAAAUAUUGAUUAAAAAUACAAAUUUACCAACUAGUCAUUAUCGAAAACUAGAAAUGCAACAGGAAUUUCAAGAAUCUGAUACAGUGUUCGAUGCAAUACAGAGUGAACUAUUUGGUGAUGACAUAGAUACUAUAACCAAUGGUUCAGAUAAUUAUUUGAAAAAGGCGGUGGAAUCCAUGGUUGGGAAAGUGGAAAGUGGCGUGUUGAUGGUAGACAAUGCCGAUCUGGAAGAAAUUUUCGAAAAGUACCGUGAUGAAUGUGAAAAUGAAUUCGAUGAUAUUAUGGAUUUGAGACCCACCUCACAAUUGACGAAGAUUAUUUCUGAAGAUACAUGGGAGAGAUUUAUCUCGGAUACAUAUCCAGAAUAUGGAAUAACAGAAAAAUGGGAAGAAUUGAUACGAAGUUUAUUCAAGCCAAAAGACACUUUAACCGAAUGGGAGAAAGCCUGGCGUGGACUUCUUGACAAAAAAGAAAGUAACAGCGAUUCAGUGAUAAAAGACACUUUGUAUAAUAUUCUUUCUCCAUACAUCGAGGUUUUUAAAGCACCGGUUAACAUACUCAAAUCCGGCGACCUGGAAGAAAAGCAAUAUAGUUCCCAGUUUGUAAAUCCUAUUUUAAAAAAUACGCUCAAGGCUAUCAUUGAUGUGGAUUGGAGAAUUCUAGAAGUUCCUAUCAGAAGUAGCAAAUUUCGACGUAAUUCUAAUAUAAACCCAUUUAUUGAUAGAGUUUUGAGUGCAAAACGUGCCGAUGGUUUGGCUCGCCUGUGGCAAAGCCAGGAAGAAACUUUUGUAUACGAACAGACAGGACCACCGGAUGUUGAUGAUGUUACCGAUUUUUACAUCCAUGAUUACAGAUUGGCUCGAACUAUGCGUGAUGUGUUGAAUCAACGAAUGAUUAUUCGGCUUAACAAUGGUAUAAGGGAUUACAAUAACUUGGCAAGUUUUGGCGCUCUGGGUCAUCGGGAUGAAGUAUCUCUGCUUUGGUGCACUUUACACUCAAGAUCAUAUUGUUUACGGGAAUAUGGAAGUUUUCGUAUACCUGCAAUAUGGCAAGAUCUUCAUGUUUUAUCUGAGGCAAUAAUAACAUGCCUAAAAUUUUUUUCCUUCAUUAAAGAAAACACCGCAAAAAUCGAGUCACGUACUGAUCAAAAAAUGAAAUUACUUUCCAAGCGGAAGGUUCAUACAGUGACACCAAAUCCACCAACUCCUGAUAGAUCAAGAAAACAAGAUUUUCGAUCAAAAAAACAAAAGAAAUGA